UCACUGUUUCUCCACAAAAGCGUUUUGUAACUACCCUUGGGUUUCCUAUUUUGCUAUUUGAUUGUCAGGGGAGCAUUUCUUCAGGCUAUAAUCCUACAGAAAGGGAUACAUCAAGUAGAAAGCUAUCUCCAUGUAAGGAAUAACAGAAGUGGAUGUUUCCUUCAAGGUCUGAGAAGUAUAUAUAGAUAGGAACCUUUAAAUAUUAUGAUGUAAGACUAGCAUUUACAGAAAUACUGUCAUGUAAAUGAAUUCAGUCCCCAGGGACAUCAGACAGGUUCUGACAAGGAAUUAUAUGUAAGAAUAUUUGGAUUUGAUUGGGCACUGGCUGGUGUCUCUAGAAAUACACAUUUCCAUCUGUGUAGCUAUAACAAAGAGAGCUGCUAAAAUUCAUGCCUUCAGAAUGGGGUUGCAUGAAAAAAGACUCUGUAUUUUCCAAGGUGUGAACGUACAACUUUAAAACAAACUCUUCUUUUUUAAUUAACCAUGUGCCUUUCGUGAGGUUUGAGUGAAGCACUGCCCUACCUGUUGGUUUGGAGAGAAUUUGGUCCACCCUUGUGUGCUGAUACUACAGCGUGCUUACCUUUCUCCUGUAAAGGUAAGUUUGAGCUGCUGCUCCUCAGAGUGGCUACAGAUGAAUACUGUAACUAAAUUACAGGCACGUGUAAGUGACUUUGUUCUUCUAUUUACAGCAUCCAAAAAGGAUAUUAAUCAUAAGAUGAUUUUUUAGUAUUUGGUAAAAAUGGGCGCUUAGGUGAGCAGAGAAUACAUAUUACAGGAAAUAUGCUUGUUCCAGCUUUUCACAGCACCAUCUUCCUCAUGCUUCCUUUUGAGUUCUGCUUAAGCAGGUUCUGGUCAUCACUUCUCCUGCCAUGAAUUACUCUGUUUCAUCUUAUAUCAUCUAUAAUUUUAUCAUGAAUAUAUUUUAUAGUAGUAUGAAAUGGAAUUUACUGAUUUGACUUAAAGUUUCACUUAGUAGUUAAGAGUUUGACUUCUCUCUUCCCAGAUUUAAGGUUUCGACGUGUCUCCUUGUCAGGAGAAACUUAGUGCCAUCAGAUGCAUUUGCAUCAGUAAAAUAAGUACUGAGCAAGUGCAGGAUUCCUUCUUGUUCCCCAAAAUUAAAGCCUCAAAAGGCAAGAGGAUCACAUGGUGCUUUCCAAACUUCAGGUUGGCAGAUAGGUGAAAUGAAUUUGCUGCUUUUAUUCUCCCUGCAUGCUGCUUUGGAUGGCUUCCUCCUGAGUCCCAGCAGCUUUCAGGACUUGAAGUUUUGGUGGCAAGAUGCUUGUUAAGCAUUCCAACCAGCUCAGCUGGCUGGUGUGCAGCAGUGUCGUCAUCCCAUGACAGACCUCGGAACGCUGUCACUGGCAAGUGCAUGUUUGGGCAGAUCUUGUCCUUUUUCACUGCCUUGCUCUGAAAUGGGAGCACAAGUGUUUUACCCUAGCGUACUCUGCAGAAGCAUGUGCGCAUGUGUGUGCACAUACCAGUGUUUCUGUGUUCCCCAGCAGCUCCAUGGUUUUGUUUUGCUGUGGUGACCCCUCAGCUGGCAGUGAUUCCUUUCCCAGCAAUCUGCACAUUCUCCUUCCUCUGUGUAAGCUAUUAAAACCAGAUGCGCAGAAAGAACUCUGUUAUGAUGAACUUUUGUGGGCUGAUUUCAUUUCUUGGCUGGAAUAGUGGGCUGUCUCCCAUGAAAGCUGGGGGAAAAGUCCAAGGGGAUUUAAACUCUUAAGUCUGAGCUAAACUCCUGGGUCUGAAUCUAUGUCUGUUGAUAUCACAGUAAAUUAAGUGUAACGCAGCUAAACCAAACUGAACUAAAUCAGUGCAAAGCUGGAAUGAGAGAUGGGAGAGAUGAGAUCUGACCUUGCAUUUAUCUGCCUAUGUUUGUUCUUUGUAGGUUAUUCUGUGGGUCCUAAUACGUCAUUAAACCUGGAAAGAGUAAGUAGCUCUGCAUUGGUCCUGGAUCAGCUUAAUUUUAAAACACAGGAAUCUCAGAAAUAAGCUUGUGAUCUCGUGCAAAACCAUGAAAGAGGAAAAGGCACCCUGCCAUUUAAUGGGUGUAUUUAUAGGAAGGUCUUCUCACAGCCUGUAUCUGACUCAAAGUAGAAGCCAUCUGGGAAUGUUUCUAUGGGUAAGGACCACAUUGCAGGAAGUGUCACAUCAUCCUGCAGUCCCGUCAGACAAGGACUGCUUUAGGCUCUCUUUCGGCUCAUGGUAGGUUUGGAAGAAGAAAGCAACAGCCAGAGUUCAGCGUGUCAUGAUGUGACACCCCUUCUCAAUGUUUUUGGACCAAUGGUAAUUAAAGUUUUGAGAUUUCUUAUGGAAUCUGCCCCCACUAUCAAGCUAUUGAUUAGAAGAGCUCUUUACUAUUUUGGCAGUUAAUAAGGUUCUCUAGAUGACCCUUAGAUCCCAUUAAAUGCCUUUGUAAACCAUCAGUCCUCUACGGAGUACAGAUGAGAACCACUCUGCGGCAACACUGUGCUGGGGAAGGCUGUUGAGACUGUGGGUGCUGAAUGUCAUCCUGCACUGAUGCUGAGGUCUCAGUUGUGUUAGGAAUGGAAGAGAAAAAACUAAGACACUUGGUGUGGGUUGAUGUCCUCUGUUUCCCAGGGUCCUGUCUUGUGAGUGGUAAGUGAAGUGGUACUGGUGUGUGUACAUGGUCUCAGCGACAGGCAGUUAUAGGAGUGACCGGUCAGUGCUCCUAGAAGUAGCUUCACCAAGAUGUUCGCUCUUUUGGAGUGCUCAUUUCCUUUUGCAUAGGGCAACAAGCACUAAGGGCAAAUGAAGAAACCAGUGGCCUAAGUGUCUGGAAACUAAGUCUGCUUUGUGCAGUUUCCUGUGCCUGUGAUGGGUAGCUGACACUGUACUUUGUACGGUAACGUUCUGGCUAGUUCAUUGUCUCAUACCAUUUGCACUACCUCGUAGCUGGGCUGUGUGAAGUUGUGCAAGGAGAACUGGCUUCCCACAGAGCAGUUGACCUCAGAUGUUUCGCUGCUUACUUGCUUGUCCUGGGGCUAACUGAAGGAGCCUUGUGACACCUCACAAUGAAACCAUGGGCUCUAGCACUGUCAGGAUCAAACCAGCUGCCUCCCUUCUGAUCUGAGUGGGCUAUUGUUGAAAGCCCUGAGAUGCUGCCUCUAUACGUGCAGGCAUGGGUUAAGCAUUAUGAAUUUGCAAUAGCCAGCCAGCUUUCCCAUAUAAGAGCACUGCACUCAUUGGCUCUCUCUUUUACUGAGAAAUCUAUCUAGUCAUUUCCUGUGCAAGCCCUUUGCUUGGCAGAAAGCUAUACAGUUGAGUAAAUAACAAUAAUCCGUGGUUAUUCCCUCUCACAGACAGCUUGGAUUCUCUCAUGGACCACCACCAUCUAGAAGUUCAACGCUGCACUGUUAACAGGCUGCUAUUAUGAGUGUGGUCAUCUCUGCAGAGGAGGAGGACUCUCACCCAUGGAUGUAAAUAACUUGGGGUCUGCUUUCACACUAAUUAACACUUGUUGGUAUUUGGCUUGGUUUAUACCGACAGAUUAUUUACCCUCUGAAGAAUCCAUUGGGACUCCUUGUCAGAUCAGUUCUUGGGUGGAGCUUGCAGCAACUUGGGUGCUGUGGAGAGAUGGAAACUGCAGCUGAGAAAUGAUUUUGUGGAAAGGAAGACAGAAAAGCACAAGCAAACUAUUAUGAAAGUACAAAUAGCUCUGUAAAGGAUCAGCAAAUAUGCCAGUAAGUGUUUUGGGGGAGGAAACGAGUCUGAAAGGGUGCUAUAGGGUGUAUGCCUGUGUGUCCAGAGGAAUGUUUGUCAUUAGAGCGCAGACUAAACUGAAUGGCUGAAUUAUCAUAAUGGUUUGUCUUGAAAUCAGCCCUUGGAUUUCCUGCUGUGAGCUGCAUGGAGAUGUUUUGUGGCCGUUUGCUGCCUAGAACUAUGUUUCUUCAUAUCCUAAUCAAAGGCAUAAUGCCUAUGCUUUCUUAUGUAUGUCAAUUUACCUCUUUGACGGUACAGGCUAUGGAGUCUGGCUGUAGUCCCAGCAAAGGCGAUUUUGCUUCAGGGAAAACCUGUUAACCAUUUGGAGGGAGUACAUGUGAAUAAGAUGGAAUUAUUAAAUAAAGCUUUGCUUCAGGUUUAGUCUCCUAGCGCAGAACAUCUUUGGUGAUCUGAAAGACCAUCUCUCUUAGAAAUGGAUAACUUCACAAGUGGGCAGCCAGGCCCAGGUCAGAGGAACAGGCUGAUGGGAUUGCUAGAAACAGAUGACAGUACCCCAGAAGAUAAACGUGCACCUGGUAAAAAGGAAGAAAGAUCAGGACCUGGAAAGAGAGAGCAACGACCCUUGGAAACACCGUAUCAGGAGGAAAGCAGUAACUUUCCUCCUAAAAUCAAGGUUAAUCUGAACUAUCGGCCAGGACUGGGUAGCAACCAAAAGGACCCAAAUCGCUUUGACAGAGGCAGGCUCUUCAGCGCCGUCUCAGGGGGCAGCCCCGAGGCACUGGACGGUUUACUUGAGUACUUAAGGAGGACCUCCAAAUUUCUCACCGAUUCUGAAUACACAGAUGCAAAUACUGGGAAGACCUGCUUAAUGAAAGCCCUGUUGAACUUAAAAAAUGGAAAGAAUGACACAAUCCCACGUUUGCUGGAAAUAGAUCAAAAUACACACAAUCCCAGGCCACUUGUCAAUGUGGCAUGCUCUGACUGUUACUACAGAGGUCAGACAGCACUCCAUAUUGCCAUAGAGAAAAGGAGCCUAGAUUUAGUGAAGCUUCUAGUAGAGAACGGAGCUGAUGUCCAUGCCAGAGCCCACGGUGAAUUCUUCAAGAAAAAGAAAGAAGGAGUUUACUUUUAUUUUGGUGAACUUCCCCUGUCCUUGGCUGCUUGUACCAACCAGCCUGAGGUUGUGGCAUAUCUUCUAAACAAUCCCCACCAGAAAGCCAGGCUCCAGGAGCAGGACACGCAGGGCAACACAGUCCUCCAUGCCCUGGUGAUGAUUGCAGAUGACACUGAGGAGAACACCAAGUUUGUGAGCACAACGUACGUUGAGAUCUUGAAGGCAGGUGUGAAGAUUGACCCAAUGUCGAAGCUGGAGGAGAUUGUGAAUUAUGAUGGAUUAAAUCCUCUGCAGCUUGCUGCCAAGACAGGCAAAGUGGAGAUCUUCAAACACAUUAUCCAAAGAGAGAUCAAAGACCCAGUGUACAGGCACUUGUCACGCAAGUUCACUGAAUGGACCUAUGGGCCUAUCCAUGUGUGUCUCUAUGACUUGUCCUCUAUAGACAGCUUCGAGGAGAACUCUGUGCUAGAGAUUCUGGCAUACAGCAGUGACACACCGAAUCGGUACAAGAUGGUGGUUUUGGAGCCACUGAACAAACUGCUUCAGCAAAAAUGGGAAACAUUUGCUUCCAAGAGAUUCUACUUCAGUUUUGUCUCAUACUUGUCAUUCAUGAUCAUCUUUACAGCCAUUGCGUACUACCAACCCCUACGGGUAAAGCCUUCCUUUCCAGUGGAAUUCACGGCUGGAGGCUUCCUGUGGGUCUCUGGACUCAUCAUUAUCUUGCUAGGAGGCAUUUAUCUAAUCUUUGCUCAGAGUCUGUACUUGCGGAGGAGACGCCAGUCCCUGAAGACUAUGUGUUCUGACAGCUGCAUUGAGAUCUUGAUCUUCAUCCAGGCCUUCUCAUUGCUGCUCUCAGCAGUCCUUUAUGGUGCAAGUUCAGAAAACUAUGUGGCAGUGAUGGUGUUCUCCCUGCUUCUGGGAUGGGUGAACAUGCUGUAUUACACUCGGGGCUUUCAGCGCACUGGCAUCUACAGUGUCAUGAUCCAGAAGACUAUUCUGAGAGAUCUGCUGCGUUUCCUCUUAGUUUAUAUGAUCUUCCUCUUUGGCUUUGCUGCAGCUCUGGUUACACUGAUGGGGGAUGCUCCUUCGGUGUCUCAGAACAAAUCUCUUGCUCAUUUGGAGAGCACUGGGAACCAUGCUAUGUACGGUGGGCUGCUUAGUGUCUCCCUGGAGCUCUUCAAGAUCACCAUUGGGAUGGGAGACCUGGAUUUUCAGGAACAUGCCAGAUUCAGAUACUUUGUCAUGCUCCUGCUGCUUCUUUUUGUGAUCAUCACUUACGUUCUUCUGCUCAACAUGCUGAUUGCUCUCAUGAGUGAGACUGUCACAGAUAUUUCUAGUUACAGCAAAAGCGUCUGGAAGCUGCAGAGGGCUAUUGCUAUUCUAGAGAUAGAGAAGGCCUGGCUGUGGCGCCAAGGUGGGAAAAGGAGAUCUGGCUGCUUCAUGUCAGUGGGCCUCAAUAAGAAAGAUGAAAGGUGGUGCUUCAGAGUAGAGGAAAUUAAAUGGACUGAUUGGGCAAAGGAUGUGGGAGUUCUUAAGGAAGACCCUGGCAACACCAAUGAUUCAGAAAUAAACCCAGAAGAGACAAGAUCAUGGAAACGGACGCCACAGAAACAGCUGAGACCAGGUGGUUCAGAGGAGCAGUCACUAUUGCAGCCCCAGAUGUCAGCAACUGAGAUGAUGCCUCUAGAGGGACAAACCAGGAAUCCUUAGGAGGUUUUCUGGAUUGCAAACUUGCUUCCACCCUCAAAGGAGCAGUUCUUCCUCUGGCACCUGGAAAAAUUAAAGACAUUGUCAGUAUUAAAGUGCAUUUAAUUGAAGACUGUGGUUCAGCCUGUGGCUUUAAGUAUUUUCAUGCACUUUAAUCAUUAAUUUCCUCUGAAGAUAGUAUUUUUACUCAACGUUCUUUGCCUGGCACUUUCUUAUUACUAUGUCUAAUGGUGCAAGAGCAAGAUCACAGGGCAGUGGGUGUGGUCUGUGGGAGGCAGCCCUUUCUGAGCUGUAUAGACAUAAUGCUGCUUGCCACAGAGAAGCAGAGGAUGAAGUGACUGAUCUAAGAACGGGUCAACUGUUAUUCUUUUGUCACAAGAGACUGCCCUGAAGUGCUUUGGAAUAAAGACUGUUGUAGAGUCAUAAAAAGUUGCUAAGGAUGGGAUUAGCUUCUGUGCAGAACACUGUCGAUAUGAGACAUGAGUGGACAAAUACUCUUCAGUCAUCAAAAAGCUCUACUGAGUCUUUGUGUCAGUGCCUGCAGUGCUCAGUGUGUAGCCCAUAUCAGAGCUCCCAUUUUACAGUAUUAUAAUGAAGUUGUUUGCACGAUGUGCACACUUGCUUAAGAGCACAAUAGUGAUGUGGAUUUCCUGAGCCUGUAACUUCACAUGGGGAAUUUCUGAAAUAUCUGUCUUACACAGGUUGCUUUGUGUCUGUAGAAAACAGCAGCAGAAUCCUGCACAUGGCUUCUGAGAGACAGAUAGCCCACAAUGCUUCAUGUGGUUAACGUUUUCUGUCAGUCUUAGUGAGCAUCCUGUCUUGCUGUAAAUGAUUACAAGGACUUCAUUGCUUUUUGUAAUGUGCACACUGCCUCAGGCAGGAUGAGCAGUGUAAUUUGGACUCUGUGAAAGAGGUAAAAAUGAGCAGUCUCACUUUCAGCCUUUAUUUAAAAAUAAUAACAUGAGUAUUUCUGUAAAGUGUCAAUAUAGCAAGUGUA